AUGGACUCCCCAACGGACCUAUCACACGGCCCUUUCCAAUCGAUUUAUCCUCGUCACGCCCGUUGGGCAAUCUCGAAGUCUUUUUUCCAAAAGCUUGCUGACCUCGGAGCACCUCUUCAACUGGAGCAUUGGGCUGUCCAUAUAGCCUUCAGCUUGCAGUUCACAGAGCACGGAACUCACGUUUCAGCCUUCGACCCCGUACCUUACCUUCAAACUGCUUGGAAAGCAGUUCGACAUCAAUACCCAGCUAUCGGCUCGGUCAUCAGAGCCCCUGAUCACUUGGAAGGGGAAUCCGAUGCUCCUACACGAGGACUUCUGACUAUUCCUGUCUGUGAUAUCGAUGCCUGGAACAAAGAAACAUUCUUCGUACAUCUGAACGAGGUCGAUGCAGAUGCUUUGUUCUGUGGUCUUCGGCCGGCUCCAACAGCCACCUGUCAUUGUCUCCCAAAGUCGUCCGAGAUCCUCAUUCGCUCCUCGCAUUGGCGUCUUGAUGGUGUUGGGAUAGCUAAGCUUGGCCAUGUCUUUUUGGACUUUUUAGCUGAGGCACUAUCAGAGAGCUUUAAAGAUGAUCUUCCUGCAUCUACUACGAAGUUGCCUUCCUCUAUCCAGUCGCUUCCACCAAGUGUUGAGGAGAUAGCCCGCAUUUGGAGUGAGAAACAGAGCAAGAUAAGAGGACAUUCUAUGGAAGAAAGCAGAGCCCAAUCCCACCAUCUCGAGAGUGGAGCGAACGCUCUGGUCGGCGAGUUUCUCCGUGGUGUGCCGAGUAUUGGCUUGCCUACCCGAGCCGAUUCCAUCGACGAAGUCCCAGGUCCUAGCGCACGCGUCUCAACUCAACUGAGUGUGCCAAUUACGACAAGGAUUAUGGAAGCCCAACCAUCUAAGAACCUCAGUUUCAUGGGCGCAGUUCACGCGGCUAUUGUGCGAGUCACUGCAAGUUUUCCUCAGCACCCCCUCUCCAAGUCUUACGCAGCAUUCUUCCCAGUGGACUUGCGGCAUUCCAUAACUUCUUCGGGAGCUGCUUCCGAAGAUCAGCUGAUGUUUGGGCUGUACUAG